UGAAAAUGUGCUGUGGCAUUUUGUAUAUAUAUAAUACUUUCAGCACUUUCUCCUACAUCUUCGGUCUCCCAAGCAUAUAACCUUUCCAGUGGUGUAGCUCACUUAGCCGGAGGACAGGAGGCAGGUGAAGUCGGUACAUAACGCUUCUAUACUGUUGCAGUAUGGCCAGAAAACCUGUUAAGUUCUGCGUGGUGGAUGCUUUCACGGACAAGGUGUUCAAGGGGAACCCGGCGGCAGUGUGUUUGUUAGAGGACGAGAAAGACGAAGAAUGGAUGCAAUCUGUUGCUACCGAAUUUAAUAUCUCGGAAACUUGUUACCUCACUCGGAUUGUCGACUCUGACUCACAGUCCACAACUCCCAGAUUUAAACUACGUUGGUUCACUCCAGUAGCUGAGGUUAAACUCUGUGGACAUGCAACGUUAGCAGCUUCAUAUUUUCUCUUCAGUUAUGGUCUGGUGAAUUCUGAUAAGAUAGAAUUCCUGACGCUAUCAGGAAUUUUAACAGCCAAGAAAGUGCCAGAUUCCAAAACCUCAAAUUCAAUCGACCAUCAAAAUGGCGAUGUCCAAGAGGAAUACUUUGUUGAAUUAGAUUUUCCUGUAGUCCCAAUUGCUGUACAUAAUUCUGCGAAGAUCUCGGAAAUCUCUAAGAGCUUGAAUGGUGCUUCAGUGGUCGAGAUCCAUGAGACAACUACUGAAGAGGAUCUCCUUGUUGUGCUCCCAUCAGGAAAGGCAGUUGUAGAAGCAGAACCACUUUUUGAUGAGAUCAAAAGAUGUCCAGGCGGAGGGAUAAUUAUAACAGGACCUGCACCCCCUGAAUCUGGAUUUGACUUCUACAGUCGCUUCUUCUGCCCAAAAUAUGGGAUCAAUGAGGAUCCUGUAUGUGGGAGUGCACACUGUGCCUUGGCACCGUACUGGAGCAAAAAGCUUGGGAAAUGCGAUUUUGUUGCAUAUCAGGCAUCACCAAGAAGUGGUGUGCUCCAUUUGCAUGUGGACGAGAAGAAUCAAAGAGUGCUUCUGCGAGGGAAAGCAGUUGUUGUAACAGAGGGCUCUAUUUUGGUCUGAAUUUGAUGUGCCCCCGUGAAAGUUUACAUUUGCUUGGAGCUGAAAAACAUCUUGGCAAACUUUUAAUUGAUCAUUUGUGUCGCUUCUUUUGUACCACAAACCAUCUACCGAAUAAUCUGCUUAAUUUGUAUGCCUUUGUAUUUGUGAGGAUA